AGAACCACUUGAUUCAAUUCCUGUGUAUAAAUAAAUUGCACAAUUCUCAUUAUUCAUAACCCACCACCAUUUCCAUUGUGUUUAAUUAAGAUGUGGCUCAUGAGUAUCUUUGUAUUUGCAUUUGCAGUAACAGUAUCAUACGUUGCUCAUUGGAUUUUCAGGUGGCGGAAUCCCCCUUGUAAUGGAAGACUUCCUCCUGGUUCCAUGGGGCUGCCGCUCAUCGGAGAAACUAUUCAGUUCUUUAUUCCUAGCAAGUCGCUGGACAUGCCUCAUUUUGUGAAGAGCAGAAUCAAAAAAUACGGAUCAAUAUUUAAAACAAGCUUGGCGGGACGACCAGUAGUCGUAUCAUCAGACGAUGAUUUCAAUCAUUUUAUUCUCCAACAAGAAGGGAAGUUGGUAGAAUUAUGGUAUAUGGAUACUUUGUCUGAGCUUGUCGGACAAAAUGGUUCUUUUAAAGACGGUAUUAGUUUCGGACAUAUCUAUAAGACUUUCAAGAGAUUGAUUACUGAGCAUUUCGGUCCUGAAAGACUUAAAGAACACAUUCUUCCUCAAUUGGAAGACGUGGUGGACGAUUACUUGCAAGCGUGGUCGAAGCAGGACUCUAUUGACUUAAAACAUUCUUGUUGCAGUGUGAUAUUGGAUUUUACUGCAAAGUUGUUAUUUAGCUACGAUACGGACAAAAGUGGAGACAAUCUAAGCAGAACAUUUGCAAGCUUUGCAGAAGGGUUACUUUCUUUUCCUGUAAACAUUCCAGGAACAGCCUUUCACAAGUGUAUGGAGAAUAAGAACAAUAUAGUGAAGAUAAUAAAGGAAUCACUGGAGAAGCGAAGAGCUUUUCCUGAAACAAGUAAACGGGAUUUACUUGAUAGUCUGAUACAACAAAUGGAAGCUGAUAACUUAUUUACGGUUGAUCUUGUUAGUUAUCUUAUCUUUGUACUUCUACUUGCUACGUCUGAGACAGUUCCGACAACAUUAACUUUGGCCAUUAGACUAUUGUCUGAACAUCCUCUAGUCAUGCAAGAAUUACUGAAAGAGCACGAAGAGAUCAUCCGAAACAGAGAAGAUAAAGAAACCGGUGUGACAUGGAAGGAAUAUAAAUCCAUGACUUUUACAAUGAAUGUUAUUAAUGAAGCACUUCGGAUGAGUGGUUCGGUAGCAAUGUUAAGAAGAACAUUGGCCGAUAUUUAUAUAAACGGAUAUACGAUUCCAAAAGGCUGGACAAUCAUGAUAGUUCCUGCUUCUAGUCACUUGAACCCAAAUAAUUAUAAAGAUCCCACUGCUUUCAAUCCAUGGCGAUGGAAGGAUUUGGGAUCAGAUGAACUGUCCAAAACUUUUAUCCCAUUCGGUCGGGGAAUGAGACCAUGCAGCGGAGCAGAUUUCACCAAAGUGUUUCUUGCAGUGUUUCUCCAUGUUUUCGUGACCAAAUACAAAUACAGCACUGUGAAGACGGGAGACAUUGCUAGAACUCCGAUAUUAAAAUUUGGUAAUGGACAUUUCAUUAAGCUAUCAGAGAAGCAAGAAGUGAAAUGAUGAGGCUAUAAAAUCAAGAAAGAAAGUGAAUUAUGCAUUGAAGGGUACAAGAAAUUAAUGGGUGAUUUGAGUGUCAUAUGAAAUAAUUAUGUCAGUGUCAUUUGAGAUAAUUAAAGGUUAUGUUUCAUAAAUAAAUAGUUAUUCCAUGUUGUAAGGACAAGCAACCUUUUUUUUUGUAUUUUGUAAGCAAUACAACUGUGCAUGCAUGUGUAAGUUGGAAAAUAUAAAAGAAAAAUCUUAUUUUUCUUCUAA